ACGGAUAUAUUCGACAAGAACUUCACAAGGUGCAUUUAGUUUUACUGUGCAGUUCUCUCGGUUUGACGUAUAUCAAAGUGCAUAAAAGUGCAUAAAAAAUGGAAGGGCAACAUCGCUUCUUUGUAAUAGCCAUAUUGGUCCUAUUUUCUAUUCUUCAUUCAGGUGAAACACUGAAAUGCUAUAAUUGUUAUACGAAGGGAAGCCAAACUUGCGAAGAUAAACUUACACUGUUACCAAGUGAGACAGUAGACUGCUCAGAAAGCCACUGUGCGAUACUUAAAUAUAAUGAGACUGAUGGUACUUUAAUCAUCAGACGUACAUGCUUAGCUGCUACAUGUGAUGAAGCUAUGAGGCAGGAUAAAAAUUUGAAAGAGUGUUGGACAUGCGACACAGAUCUCUGUAAUGCUUCUGCCAGCAAUGUGGUAUCAAUUAUUACAAUAAUAGGCUCGGGAUUGAUUGCGCUGUUAUUGUCAAUGCGAUGAUUCCUUUAGACCAUUUUUUACAUUAUUAAAUUUUGCUGCUUAUUGUAACUUUCCUUUAUCACAUCUUUUAAUAUUAAUAUUUUUUCAUAGAAUAUGUAUUUUUGUCUUUACUAUAUAAGAUGUUUUUUGCUUUGUAUCUCUUUUUGAAUUCUAUAAAUCUAUAAAUAUUAAUUAUAUAUAUAUAGUAUCAUUUAUAUUAGUGCCUGAUUAAAACUGAAAAGGUAUAUACAAGGUAUUGUACAACUGAUUGUAACAAAAAAUAUUUAAAAAGCUGCACACG